AUGGAUCUAUUUAAUUUUUAUGGUUGUGGAAUGAUUCAUUUGAUUGUCGGUCCAAUGUUUAGUGGAAAAUCAACUGAAUUGUUCCGUCUUACUAAUAGACACAUUCUUGCCAGUAAAUCUGUAAUUAUUGUCAAAUAUGAAAAAGAUAAUCGUUAUGAGGAGGAGUUGGCGUCAACACACGAUAAGAGGACAAUGAAAGCAAUAGGAGCAUUACAUUUGAAAAGUAUAUUAGAUAAGAUUAAAGCAUACGAUGUUAUUGGUAUUGAUGAAGGACAAUUUUUUGAUGAUGUUGUUGAAGUCUGUGAAUUUUUGGCAAACCUUGGAAAAAUUGUAAUAGUUGCUGCACUAGAUGGAGAUUUUCAGCGUCGUCCUUUUAAGAAUAUCAUCAACCUUUAUCCCUUGUGUGAAAAGAUUGAAAAAUUGAGUGCUGUCUGUCGGUCAUGUGGAGGUUUUGCCUCUUUUACCCUUAGAACUAUUUCAAAUUCAGAAAUUGAAGUUAUUGGUGGGGAGGAUAUUUACAAAGCCGUUUGUAGGUUAUGCUAUUUGAAAUUCAAAAAUGAAUUUAAUACACAACAAAAAGAAAUAAAAACUUUUAAGGAAAUACUAAAUAAAGAACGUUUUAAUAAUGAGAUAUUAUUUUCUCCAAAUGAUAAUGAAAAUUUAGAUCCAGCAAUAUGUACAUAA